AGGAGACACCUACAGAGGAGACACCUACAGAGGAGACACCAACAGAGGAGACACCAACAGAGGAGACACCUGAAAUGGAGACACCUGAAAUGGAGACACCUACAGAGGAGACACUUACAGAGGAGACACCAACAGAGGAGACACCAACAGAGGAGACACCUGAAAUGGAGACACCUGAAAUGGAGACACCUACAGAGGAGACACCUACAGAGGAGACACCUGAAAUGGAGACACCUGAAGUGGAGACACCUACAGAGGAGACACCAACAGAGAACACCCCGCAUACCGUCCUUCAUCCUACCAUCACAUUCCCAGACAUUGUCCCAGAGGUCUUUACUGACUUCGAUGGAGUCAAAACUCAAGAACCAGGUGAUCAAACACCAACAUGGACCACCACCAUGACCCCGUACACUCCCCCUGUCUCAUCACGACCAGGACCAGUCUCCCCCAGCGUCUCCCAGCCCUUCCCUGAUGCGGUCUCCACCUACGAGGACAUGGAGGACUCCACGAGCCGAGGCGCAGACGACGAGGCCGCCGCUGCACGGGAGGGAUCCGCGGAUGCCGCCCUGCCAACGCCGGCCGCAGGAAUCCUGUCCGUCGUCAUGACUGACGAGACAGAAAUCGGCGGGACGGAACCUCCUACUGUAGUCCCCCUCACACAGGAAUCCACCACCACACAGACCCAGAUGGAGGACUCUGAAGGAUCUGCAUCUGGAGAAGACGAGGCUUCGGGUCAAGACCCGCCAGAGACGCCCAUCUUUACCAGCACGCCACCAGCAGUUUACCACACCCCUGUUGACCCGGUCACAGAGGCGGGCUCAGGUGCAGAGCAGCUGUCCGGGGAGGGGGAGGUCUCUGCGGGUCAGUGGGGUCAGGGUGGUCCUGUUGACCCCCUUAAAGAGGUCACUAUUACCGUUUUACCAGAUGUGGCCAGAUAUUUUGAAGAACAAACCAAUCUCUCCACAGACAUUUCUAAGGACAUCAUACCGCCUUUAAACGCUGCCACAGGAGAUAAGAAACAUCCCGCUGUUACCACGGAGCCCACCACCCAUGAAGACCACCACCCAUCCAGCACCGAGCCUUCCACCACGACCUCCACCGAGCCUUCCACCACGACCUCCACCGAGCCUUCCACCACGACCUCCACCGAGCCUUCCACCAUGACCUCCACCGAGCGGUCCACCAUGACCUCCACGCAGUACGUCUCUUCGCCGUUGUACACUUUCGACCACAAGAUCAACUCCGUCCCCCAGUGGGCUCUGACCCCUGACCCCGCUGCCACCCCUCUGCCUGAUGAGGACUUUGUGGACUAUGACUCAAAGGUGUCCCCUCCUCUGGUGGAGGCGCUCCCUCCGACACCAGGAGAGACCGCGACCACGAAGGAGCCGGUGAGCAGCACGUACUCCAUGGACACGUUGGACGUCACCGACCUCUUGCCGUGCUUCAUCAGUGUUUGUCUGAAUGGAGGCUCCUGCUACAAAAAACACACACAGAAUAUCUGCGUCUGUGCACCUGGAUACACUGGACUACGCUGUGAAACAGAAGUGGAUGAGUGCCAGUCGAACCCCUGUCUGAAUGGAGCCACCUGUCUGGAUGAAGUCAACUCCUUCACCUGUCUCUGCCUGCCCAGCUACUCAGGAGAGCUCUGUGAACAAGACACAGAGGUUUGUGGAUUCGGCUGGCAGAAGUUCCAGUCUCACUGCUACAAGUACUUCACCCACCGGAGGACGUGGGACGCUGCUGAGAGGGAGUGUCGUCUGCACGGGGCUCACCUGAGCAGCGUCCUGUCUCAGGAGGAGCAGCUGUUCGUCAACCGCCUGAGCAAUGACUACCAGUGGCUCGGCCUGAAUGACAAGAUGUUUGAGAGAGACUUCAGAUGGACGGACGGCAAUCCGAUGCAAUACGAGCACUGGAGGCCGAACCAGCCGGACAGCUUCUUCCAGUCGGGGGAGGAUUGUGUGGUGAUGAUCUGGCACGAGGGAGGAGAGUGGAACGACGUGCCCUGCAACUACCACCUGACCUUCACCUGCAAGAAGGGGACAGUCUCCUGCAGUCAGCCCCCCGUGGUGAAGGACACUCGGGUGUUUGGGGCGGUGAAGCCUCGCUACGAGAUCAACAGCCUGCUCCGCUACCACUGCAAACCGGGCUUCAUCCAGAGACACGUCCCCACCAUACGCUGCCGGGCCAACGGCCAAUGGGACGCACCCAAAGUCACCUGCACCAGCCCCGCGACCUACAACAAGUCAUUCACUCUCCGGCGCCGCAACAACCAGAACAACGAGAAUCAGAACCGGCACCAUAACCACCACGUCCAUCACCCCAAGAGCCAACAGAAACCCAAUCCAAACCAGGAGCAGCAGCAGAGUUACAGCUUCCUCCAGAGCCUCUGGUCUUCUUCCCAGAGGGAGAAGAGGCAGCAGACACAGGAUCAGAUGGGACACUGAUUGGGUUUGAGGGUUUUUUGUAAAACACACAGCGGACCGGCUGCACAGAACUGUCUAUCUAUGGCUCUGUAAAGGACGAAGGAUGGGUUUCACCAGUUCAUUGACCCCCAAAAACACUCCAGGAUCUGAACCGUAUGACGAGUGAGAAGUUAGUUUCAUUUGCUGAUCAUAUCAAGUCUCAAAACCCUUAAACAGAGACUUGUGUCUUAAUAGAGUUCUGCAGAAAUGAGUCCUAAAACCCAGACAUGACUCAGCAUCUUUGUUUAGAUCUCUAAAAUAAGAGAUAAGAGUAAGUUUAACACAAGCUGAAGAGAUUUGAACAGGUCAGUAAAUACCCCUCUGGUGAAUUUAAAAGUUUUUAAAUGUCUAAAAAUGUCUAAAUCAGACGGCUAAAGAUUAUUCCUGAUGAAGAAAACCUGUAAGAAUCAUAAAUGUUUGUUUGACACACAGAUUAUUUUCUGUGUCCAGAAUCCAAUGGAAGAAUCCCAUUGGCUGUUUGCGGAGGGAACCUGUGAUGAUAACUUCCUGUUUGGCUACAAAAGAUACGUCAUCCCCGUUAUUGAUAGACUAUAAAAAGCAUGAAUUCAUCACUUUAAAUUAUUAUCAUAGGGCAUUUUCCAAUUCUUUCAGUUUCGGUUUGUUUUACUGGCUGAUUUCCACGUGUAGAUUUUUGUACAAAAUAUAUUAGCUGAGUUGUUUUUUUUAAAUAAAAGGGAGAUUUAAAAGGCGGCACAUGGAGCUAAAGAGGAGAUUAUUAUGAAUGUGCGUGUGCUAUUAAUCAUAGGAUAUAUAAUAUAGAUACUAUAUGAAGCCAUAUGAAUUUUAACUUAUUGUAUACUUUAAAACUAUGAAUGGACUGUGAUAUUGAAUAAAGGUCAUUGGAACUGAAGUGAUUCCGUUAGUGAUGACUUACCGUGCUGUUUACAGAUCUGAUCACGGAGCACAAGCUGUUGUGAGUUUGUCUUCAAUCCAAUGAAUUCAUCAUCAAAACACGGCGGAUUGUUUUUAACAUUUUCUACAUCUUUGAGUCGGUUUAUGAGCUAAAAGGUUUUAUAGAUUUUGCAUUCUGUUACAGAUCUGGAAUCUGUGUUUUAAAUCCAACAAAUAAGGGAUUGUGAAAAAUGUGCAACAUGAUUUUUUAUGUGACCCUUGUGCAUUUUACUUUCUUCAUACAUUUUCCAUUUUCCAUAUUGUUUGUCAGCGUAUAUGCAUUUUUUAAAUGUUCUUCUCCUCCAUGCUGUUGAUGGAGUUCACUGUAUCUGUGACACAAAAGAUCUUUUAUGUAAUCAUUGUUUUUCUUUCUCCAUUUGAGUUGCUGUAAAACAAAAUGUCC